AUGUUUGUCUCCCGCGAACGCUUCCUGGCCCUGGCAGCAGCAGCUGCUUUGCAAUUUCCCACCUUGGUUGCGGCCCAAGACCUCAAGGAGCAAGUCUGGUCGAUUUUCGCAUACACACUUCACGGGGAUAGUAUCCCGAACGCUCUGCCUCGCCCAAGAGCGUUGACUCCCUACGGAGCGAGCGAAUUGUAUGCCGCAGGGUCCGCCUUUCGCGCCCGGUAUGUUGCCGUGCAUAGCGAGGGCAGUGACGUGAGCACAAGAAUACCGAGCCUGUCUCCGUAUGCACUAGAAGCCGAGGAGAUCUCUGUUCUUUCAAGUACCGAUCAGCCAGUUGUGGCAUCGGCCCAAGCUUUCAUGCAGGGACUGUAUCCGCCUCUCGACCAGGUUUACGACGGGGAAUACUAUGACCAUUCUUUCGAGCUCGCUAACGGGUCGCUGUCUACUGCUCCUUUGAACGGAUAUCAGUAUCCUCAAGUGAUCACUCUGGGCUCAGCAGAUCCUCGAUCGAUCAUUGUGGACGGCCAGGGUGAAUGUACUCUACACGAAGUCGCUGACUCGGAGUACCAAUUCAGUCCUGAGGUGCAGGAACUUACGCAAGAGUCGGAAGCAUUCUACGGCCGCUUGUACAGCCAAUCCUUGAGCGGAGUAUAUGACCUCUCCUCAGCCAAUUAUGCCAACGCCUUCUACAUAUCGGAGUUCCUCGAGUACGAGUUAUUGCACAACAAAACUUUGCUGUACCACCUGAAUCGAGAGGACAUCGAACUUGCGCGAUGGUAUGCCGAUCACUAUAUCUACGCAACGAACGGCAACGUAUCCUCGUCGGCACUCGGCCUAUCCAAUGACAUACGCACAAUUGCAGGGAGAACCUUGGCGUCGCAUGUUUUGGAAGCUUUCGACACCAAUAUCCAAUACCGGGGAGCCAACAGCAAGAUGAGCCUUGUUUUUGGUGGCUCGGAACCCGCUGUUGCUCUUGCUUCGCUCAUGCAGCUUGCCUCGUCGAGCCAGGAGAACUUCUACUCGCGUCCAGACCUCGGAGCGUCGCUUGUCUUCGAACUCUUUAGCCUCGAAGCUGAAGCAAACCCGACAUACCCUGAUCAGUCUCAGCUCUACGUGCGAUUUCUCCUGCGUAACGGAACAGGCACCUCCGCCGAUUUUCAAUCCUAUCCACUUUUUGGGCACGGUCCAAGUAAUGAUGCGAUUCCUUACUCCGAGUUCCACGCACAGAUGGAGAAAUUCUCGCUCAGUUCGAUCAAGCAGUGGUGCCUCGAAUGCGGAUCGUCGGCUGUGUUCUGCUCCGGAGUGAUGGGCAAGGCUAAGAAGACAUCUACCUCCGACAACAGGCUGAGCCCGGCUAUUGCGGGCGUCGUUGGAGCUGUGGUUACACUCGUGGCUCUAGCACUCGCUGCUAUACUUGUUUUCCUAGUGUGUGGGCUCCGCAUGAGACGUAUGCGCAGAUCAAGCGCUGGAGGGUUCAAGGGUAGUAGCAAGAUGGCAAGCGACGCUGACCUUACCUUGAAACAUCCUACGCGUGAGGAUGUUAAGUCAGCUGAGAGCCCAAACGAUGAGAGAUUUGGAGUUGGAGGAGCAGUUGUCUGUGGCCAUGAGCGGACCGAAAGCUGGGAGAUGAGGCCGCAACAUAUGGACACGCGGUCUACUCUGGCUGGUGGUCGGACGACUGCAUCUCCCUCUGAAGACGAACAUGACGAUAUCUGGAAAACUCACAGCGUUUUCAAGCCGGUCAAGGCUCGGGAACAUGUUUGA